AUGGUGAUAGGACAUUCAGUUGUGAUUCAGACCUACUAUUGCGAGCUCUCGAAUGCGUACAAGUUCUGCCAGGCCUUCAAACGCGCAGAGAACAUUUUCAAGAAAAUCACGGCUCAGUUACGGCAACUUACAUCCUUGAAUCUGAACUAUAUCAGCCCGAUGUUGAUGAGAGCUAAGGUCUUAUCUUUGAGCAGCUUAUAG